AUGAUUGCUGAUUUGUUAAGAGAAUGGUGGAUUUGGAACUGUUUACAAGGAUCAGUUAGAUUCAGAGAAGAACUUGAGAAUCUUUUCUCAGCUGCAAUUCCCCCUAACAAGAAUGUUGCAAAAUCAAAAUCUGUUCCAAUUGCUAAUAAACCAGAAAAAGUUCAACUGAUUGAUCAUAGGCGAGCAUACAACUGUGAGAUCAUGCUUUCAAAGGUGAAUAUACCUUUGCAUGAACUAAUGGAGGAGGCUGCUGAUGACAAAGCACCACAAUCUAAAAGAGGCAUCAAGUCACGUGCAAUUCUUGGUAGACAUGUCAAAGGAAUUGUCAUAGAGCAGAUUAUUGAAGUUGAAUUGGGUCUCGGUCCAUAUGAGAUUGAAUAUGAUGAAGAGUGA